UCUCUCAGCUGCGGCAGUGCUUGCCUUCAGUGGUCGCACUUGGAGGGUGCAGCCACCAUUCGGAGGAGGAGUCACUGCCACCACCUGACUAUGGCCGAGGAUCUGGUUCUGAAGAAUUGUGACCUGGAGCUGGAGGUCAAUGGCCGUGACCACCACACAGCUGACCUGUGCCGGGAGAAGCUGGUGGUACGGCGGGGCCAGCCCUUCUGGCUGACCCUGCACUUCGAGGGCCGAAGUUAUGAGGCCAGCGUGGACAGCCUCACCUUCAGUGCGGUGACCGGCCCAGCCCCCAGCGAGGAGGCCGGGACCAAGGCCCGCUUCCCGCUGUCCAGUGCCGCGGACGAGGGCACCUGGACGGCCGUGGUGAUGGACCAGCAGGACGGCGUCCUCUCGCUGCAGCUCAGCACCCCGGCGAACGCCCCUGUUGGCCUGUACCGCCUCACCCUGGAGGCCUCCACCGGCUACCAGGGCUCCAGCUUCGUGCUGGGCCACUUCACUCUGCUUUUCAACACCUGGUGCCCAGCGGAUGCUGUGUACCUGGACUCAGAGGAGGAGCGGGAGGAGUAUGUGCUCACCCAGCAAGGCUUCAUCUACCAGGGCUCGGUCAAGUGCAUCAAAAGCAUACCUUGGAACUUUGGGCAGUUUGAAGAUGGGAUCCUGGACAUUUGCUUGACGCUCCUGGACAUGAACCCCAAGUUCCUGAAGGAUGCCUGCCGUGACUGCUCCCGCCGGAGCAGUCCUGUCUACAUGGGCCGGGUGGUGAGUGCCAUGGUCAACUGCAAUGAUGACCAGGGUGUGCUGCUGGGACGCUGGGACAACGAUUACAAGGAUGGUGUCAGCCCCAUGUUCUGGAUUGGCAGUGUGGACAUCCUGCGGCGCUGGAAGACCUCGGGCUGCCAGCGUGUCAAGUACGGCCAGUGCUGGGUCUUCGCUGCUGUGGCCUGCACAGUGCUGCGGUGCCUUGGCAUCCCCACCCGAGUGGUGACCAACUUUAACUCAGCCCAUGACCAGAACAGCAACUUGCUCAUCGAGUAUGUCUACAACGAGUUUGGAGAGAUGCAGAGGGACAAAAGCGAGAUGAUCUGGAACUACCACUGCUGGGCGGAGUCAUGGAUGAGCAGGCCGGACCUGCAGCCGGGCUACGGGGGGUGGCAGGCCCUCGACCCCACGCCCCAGGAGAAGAGUGAAGGGACAUACUGCUGUGGCCCGGUUCCAGUUCGUGCCAUCAAGGAGGGUGACCUGAGCACCAAGUACGAUGCACCUUUUGUCUUUGCUGAGGUCAAUGCCGACGUGGUGAACUGGAUCCAGCAGAAGGAUGGGUCCAUGCGCGAGUCCACCAACACCGCCCUGACCGUGGGGAUGAAGAUCAGCACGAAGAGGGUGGGCCGUGAUGAGCGGGAGGACAUCACCCACACCUACAAGUACCCGGAGGGGUCCCCAGAGGAGAGAGAAGCCUUCAAAAAGGCCAACCACCUGAAUAAGCUGACUAAGAAAGAGGAGAUGGGGGUGGCCAUGCGGAUCCGCGUGGCCCAGAGCAUGAACAUGGGCAGUGACUUUGAUGUCUUCGCCUACAUCACCAACAACACGGCUGAGACCCACACCUGCCGCCUCAUGCUCCAUGCCCGCACCGUCAGCUACAAUGGGAUCCUGGGGCCUGAGUGUGGCAGCAAAGACCUGCUCAACCUUUCCCUGGAGCCCUCAUCUGAGAAAAGCAUUCCCCUCCGAAUCCUCUAUGACAAGUACUGUGAGUGUCUGACCGAGUCGAACCUUAUCAAGGUGCGGGGCCUCCUCAUAGAGCCGGCUGCCAACAGCUACCUGUUGGCCGAGAGGGACAUCUACCUGGAGAAUCCAGAAAUCAAGAUCCGAAUCCUGGGAGAGCCCAAGCAGAACCGCAAGCUGGUGGCGGAGGCGUCCCUGCGGAACCCUCUCACCAAGCCGCUGUUAGGCUGCACCUUCACCAUGGAGGGGGCCGGCCUGAUGGAUGAGCAGAAGAUCGUGGACGUCCCGGACGCCGUGGCAGAGGGGGAGGUCAAGGUGAGGGUGGAUCUGAUGCCACGCCACGUGGGCCGCCAUAAGCUGGUGGUGAACUUUGAGAGCGACAAGCUGAAGUCUGUGAAAGGCUUCAGGAAUGUCAUCAUUGGUCCCGCCUAAAGGCCAUGUGCCCAGCCCCGCCUCAGCCAGCUCAGAGCCCCUAACCUGAUCCCAAUUUUUGUUCCAAGUUAAUGCGCCAAUUUGCCCCCUCUUGGCCCCAGACCUCAGAGCCUGUGGGCGCUUUUUGGGAUGGAAUGUACUCCUAGCCUAUCUUGUGCCCCUGAACUUGGAUUCCCAUCUCCCUUUAACUGUGAAGAAUGUUCUGUGCUUCCCCAUUAGGAGCACUGCCCUUGGCUGAUUGGGUCUGGGGUCGGGGAGGAGGGACCCAGGCCUCCCUUUAUAGCCUAGAUGCUAUUGGAAACCACUGACCACCCACCAUAUUGUUUGAUUUACUCCAGAGCCCCUUGAAGCCAGCAGAAGAGAGACGGUAUGCCCCUUGACCAGAUCCCAGACAAUACACAGGCCCCAGGAGCCCUUGGGAAAAUGAGAGCCAGGGCAGGUGGAGUCCCAGGAAGGGUCAGACCCAAGGUCCCCUCAUAUCCCAGCAGCCCUGGCCCAGUCAUCCCCACUGCCACCAUUGUGAGGCACCGGCCAUGUGCGGGGCACUUUCCCUGCCUUUGCUAGUACUCACACGACUACAACCCAUUUAAGUCACCAUGGGAAAUGGCAGGGUAGGAGCUGCUUUCUGGAUGAAGACUCUGGGGCUUGGAGGAGGGAGGGGAGGCUCUCUCUGCACCAGCAGGAUAUUUGCAAGGCUGGGUAGUAGGAAAGCUCUAGAACAUAACCCAGGACUUCUGACUCCGAGUCCAGCUCCUCGUUCAUGGCCCCAGUCCCGACCUGAGAAUAUUAAAGAGGCCAUUUGGGACCUGAGCAGAAAGGAGGCAGUUGGGGUGAGGUGGGGAGGAGAUUGGAGGGGUCAGAGCCCUGGGUUUGAGCCCCAAGUCCAGUCGGUCACUGUCUUCCCCUCUCUGGGCCUCAGAUUCCUCAUUGGGCGAUGGGGUGUUGACCCAGCCACGAGUAAGGCCCUCUCAGCUCUGCUCUUCCAAUGCUUAUAGGACCCAGCCUUGCAAAUGACAGCAAGUCCUCAUCCCUGGCUCUCACAGCCUGAGGCCACAGGUCCAGAUGCUUCUGAGUGUGAGACUCUGACCAUGACCACCUUCCCACCCCCAGUCCCAACUGUGUCCCCUGUCAUGCCCAGUCACCUUCCUUCACACUACAGUUCUGGGGAAGAGAGCUCCACAGGCCCCUGUCCUACCCAUGAACUUGCCCACUGCAAUGCCUAGACUUCACGAGAGCCUUAACCACCUGUGUGGGUCACUAACAAGGUUAGCACCUCAGCCGCCCCCUCUCUGCAGGACCAGGGCCCAGAAACAUAGCCCCAGCCCCGACUAAGCUCCGAGAACCUAAGGGCUGUCAUCUCUGACUCUAUCCCCCUCUCUGUCCACAUGACUGGGCUGGAAGAGGGAUGAGGGAGAAUGCUAUAUCUGGGGUGGGGUCACAGCCUCCAGGGCCCCCAAAAUCUCAGAGGGGGACUUGGGGAAAGCCAUGCAGACACACAUAGAACUUUCUGAUUUGCACUGGGAAGGAUCCCCAAAUAAGCCGACUUGUGUAUGUUCUUACAAAGGUUGCAGUAGUUCUCUAUGAUUCUGUAAACAUUUUUGGAUUCCAAGCAGGCAGUAGAUGCAUUUUCGAGCCACAGAGUGAGCACCGAAAUAAAAGCGUUUGCUUUGCACAUUCAAA